AUGGCAAAUAUUAGAUACCCAUCGUUAGCAGAGCUCAAUAUAGCUCUUUAUGCAACGGAUGCACACAAAUAUCAGCAGCCAAAAUCUAUUCAACUCUGUGAAAAUGCAUUCGAUAUCUCACGGAACGAUCUUUAUGAGGAAUGGUCGAAAUUGCGCCGGGUCUUUUGGACCGAUCCUUCACCAGCAACCGAGCAGAUACCUCACGUUGCGAGUCCAGAACGACCCGCCGAACAUUAUUCACCUAUACAACCCCUCUCACCGGAGCCAUUGGGACAGCCCAUGCUCGUAGAUAAUGAAAAUAAACUAACAGACGUAUCCACACCAUUGACGCCGGAAACCGCAACAACAAGCAUGAAAACGAAAAAGACACUUUCUACCAUGUGGCCACUAAAAUUACAAUUAAUUCGAUUGCUUACAGCAGCCAAUACCCAAUAUGAUGAUGCAAAGAUCUUGGCAAUACUGGCCGAAUGCGAUCGACGACGGACCAAAGUCCAGAAGCGGCAUUUAGCACUGUACUUGUUACCUAUUGCCCGUGCUAUGCAAUGCGGACCAGUCGUCGACGUCCUGAAUCGCUGGUGCACUUGA